UGAAGCGGCGCGAGCGCGUGUGUGUUCUGCAUCAGUGUGUCAUUGACUCCGGCUCUGCAAGGAUCUUCUCACGGCAUUGCGGAGAACUUGUGCGGGAUAGUCUCCCGUUCCCGCUGCGGUCUCGCCGGUGUUCCACCGUCCUGCCGGAUAAAGCGGUUAGGACUUUUUACGGCGUAAAACCUCUUCUGUAGGCUCGCUCCGUCACUGGUCCUUCUUCAGCAGAGGCAUAUAUCCUGAUUAACAAACACGGAGGAUGUUUCCGUUUUAACCUGGAGAUCUUCACCUCUUCAGAAGUCAUGGGACUCGGUCAGUCCAGCAGGACGUCGGUCAGUGACGACCCAGAGGAGGUCAACUUUGACCACUUUCAGAUCUUGCGGGCCAUUGGUAAAGGCAGUUUUGGGAAAGUAUGCAUUGUCCAGAAAAAGGACACGAAGAAAAUGUACGCCAUGAAGUAUAUGAACAAACUCAAGUGUGUGGAGCGCAACGAAGUACGCAAUGUCUUCAAAGAGCUCCAGAUCAUGCAGAACCUGGAGCACCCGUUCCUGGUCAAUUUCUGGUACUCGUUUCAAGAUGAGGAGGACAUGUUCAUGGUGGUCGACCUGCUGCUGGGAGGAGACCUGCGCUAUCAUCUACAGCAGAACGUUCACUUCACAGAGAGCACGGUCGAGCACUACGUGUGUGAGAUCGCCCUCGCUCUGCACUACCUGCGCAACAAACACAUCAUCCACAGAGACAUUAAGCCAGACAACAUUUUGCUGGACGAGCACGGGCCGAUCUUCAUCGAGGUGAACGCCCUCCUCCAUCUGGUCACGCUUCCUCUCAUUACCAAGGCUAAAGCUCAGCAUCAGAAAGGCACGACUCAGUCGAGUAGGAAAAUCUACUGCCCCAAAGAUGAUCUGCAUCAGAUAGAUGGUCACCCCGAACUUCUGGAGGUCCAUGGAACCUCUAAAGUGAUCUUCUCGGCCAUCUCUGGCUUCCACGUUGACUUGGCUACACGUGGAGAUGCUUCAGAGCUUCUUCAGAGCGGCUGCCUAAUUGUGCCAAAAUGA